AUGGCUUGUGACCGCUAUGUGGCCAUCUGCCAACCUUUACGCUACACGACAAUUAUUAAUGGGGCAGUAUGCAACUAUCUAUCAGCAUUUGCCUUGCUAAGUGGGCUUCUUAACUCAACUAUCAACACCCCUCUCACAGCCAGUCUCAUGUUCUGCAGUGUCAAUGCAACAGACCGCUUGUACUGCGAGGUCCAGCCCUUAAUUCGGCUCUCCUGUGCAGACACUUCGCUUAAUGACAUAUUUGUCACUGCCUCCGCUGCCGUAUUUGGGGUGAGCUGCCUUAUUUUUAUUUUAACUUCCUAUAUUUUUAUAGUCUCUGCCAUCCUGAGGAUCCCACGCCAGAACAGCCAACAUAAGUCUUUCUCCACCUGUGCUUCCCAUAUCACGGUGGUCAUCCUGUACUAUGGGUCACUCACCUUCAUGUAUCUCUUGCCCAAUUCCUGGCGGAAGCUAGACUUCAUAGGGUCUAUGAUUUAUUCCAUAUUUACCCCCAAGCUUAACCCUAUCAUUUACAGCCUGAGGAUCAGGAAGGUCAAACAAGCACUAGCAGCCAUGUUCAUUGGGCUAUGUGCACCAAUGACAAACAAUUUGUUGAAAAUAAAGUUAAGGAAGAGGUAAAAACAAUUAUCAUCACUUUGGUAACAGGACAGCAAUUUCUUAUUGAUAUAUUGUGUGACACAGACUCGAGUCUGACUCGUAUUUUCCUUUAACUUAGCGGCUUCUCCUUGAAAUCAUGAGUGAUGACCACCAAACACUCAAAAUGGUCUCUGAUCUCCUCAAACAUCUCCUGUCUCCCGUAAUAAGCCAUCUCUACAUCCAUCAACAUGCCGGACCUUACCAUAAUGUGGAUUUUCUUCAGAAAGUUCACUGA